GCUCCCCGGAAGGAGGCCGCUCAUUUAGUGUGACGAGAAAGUUUUAUUCCAUCAUCUGAUAUGGAGUCAAGUAACAGUGCGGAAGUUAGUAUAUGCAAACCCAUGUAUCGUGACCAGGGUCCAAGGUCUGUCACCAUAUACUCUCUCGUUUCUUCGCCCAUCCCAAGCCAGGACAGGCAUUUGACCCCUUCCGGGGCUUUCUCCUGGCCACCGCACUGGACAGAGGCUAUUAAGACCCUCCCCUGGCCAGUAGCCUGAGAGAAGGGAGGAGGUGCGACAGAUCCAUCCAGGCAGUCCCAGGAGGCGACUCGCAAUGCCAUUGCGCGGUCCAGUCCGCAGUCCGCAGAUCCCGGGCGCUUGCUGCUCUCUGGCGGCCGGAGCCGGGAGCCCGGGGACCCGGGAAUCGCGCCUUCUACACUGCAAGCACCCAAGGGCACCAGCAAGUGACAGAGAGGCUGAGGAAAGGGUGGGAGGAAGGGGGACGCAGCUGAGGGGAAAGAGCGCGGGAGGAAUCGCAGAGCGGACCACAAGCAGGGAGGGUGGACGUGGGCACCCGCGGCGAGGCUGGGAGAGCUGCCGCGGUGCUGGGGUACGCGGCAGCACCCCACAUUCUCCGGACCCCCAAAAGCCUGCUUGCUGAGAGCGCAAAGCCCCUGUCCCUGGUGAGUGUGGCGUCACCUACCCCCGACGCAGGCCGCCCCCUCUCCUUCCCCGCGCUGCCCCUCCUCCGUCCCGCCCACAGCGCCCAGUAGCGAGCGCUGCAGUGGCCGCCGCCUGCACCACCCGGGCGGGGAGCCGCCGCUUCUCCCACUCGCCUAGGCACACUCAGAAAGCGAAGCGCACCGGCGACCCGGUUCUUCCAUCCGACUCGGAGAGCCCCGGCCGCUGCCCCUGCCGCUUCGCUCCGCUUUCGACCAGCAGCGCUCGGAGUCCAGGGAACUUGGGCAGGACUCCGACGGUACCGGCGCGCGGGACUGGACCAGAGCCCUGCGGCUAUGCCCGGCACCCCCCUCUCUGACUGUCACUUGUCCUGCGUCGGGGCCCGGCCCCCGACGGCCGCGCGUUGAGAUGACUUUCCGCGAUCUACUGGGCGUCAGUUUUGAGGGACCCCGCCCGGACAGCAGCGCCGCGGGUUCCAGCGCGGGCGGCAGCGGGGGUGGUGCGGGAGGCCCGGCAGCCUCCGAGGGCCCGGCGGUGGGCAGCGUGCCUGGGGCUGCGGGCGGCGGCGGCGUGGUAGGCGCGGGCAGUGGCGAGGACAACCGGAGCUCCGCGGGGGAGCCGGGGGCCGCGGGCGCGGGCGGCGAGGUGAACGGCACGGCGGCCGUCGGGGGUCUGGUGGUGAGCGCGCAGGGCGUGGGUGUGGGCGUCUUCCUGGCCGCCUUCAUCCUCCUGGCCGUGGUGGGCAACCUGCUUGUCAUCCUCUCGGUGGCCUGCAACCGCCACCUGCAGACGGUCACCAACUAUUUCAUUGUGAACCUGGCCGUGGCCGACCUGCUGCUGAGCACCACAGUGCUGCCCUUCUCGGCCACAAUGGAGGUUCUGGGCUUCUGGGCCUUCGGCCGGGCCUUCUGCGACGUGUGGGCCGCCGUGGACGUGCUGUGCUGCACCGCCUCCAUCCUCAGCCUCUGCACCAUCUCAGUGGACCGGUACGUGGGCGUGCGCCACUCGCUCAAGUACCCCGCCAUCAUGACCGAGCGCAAGGCGGCCGUCAUCCUGGCGAUGCUCUGGGCCGUAGCUCUCGUGGUGUCCGUGGGGCCUCUGCUGGGCUGGAAAGAGCCGGUGCCCCCUGAUGAGCGCUUCUGCAGCAUCACCGAGGAGGUGGGCUACGCCGUCUUCUCCUCUGUGUGCUCCUUCUACCUGCCGAUGGCCGUUAUCCUAGUCAUGUACUGCCGCGUGUACAUCGUAGCGCGCAGCACCACGCGCAGCCUCGAGGCAGGCGUCAAGCGGGAGCGCGGCAAGGCCUCCGAGGUGGUGCUGCGCAUCCACUGUCGUGGCACCACCUCAGGUACAGACGGGGCACGCCAGGGGAUGCGCAGCGCCAAGGGCCACACCUUUCGCAGCUCGCUGUCGGUGCGCCUGCUCAAGUUCUCCCGCGAGAAGAAAGCGGCCAAGACGCUGGCCAUCGUCGUGGGAGUCUUCGUGCUCUGCUGGUUCCCGUUCUUCUUCGUCCUGCCACUUGGUUCCCUGUUCCCGCAGCUGAAGCCCUCGGAAGGCGUCUUCAAGGUAAUCUUCUGGCUCGGCUACUUCAACAGCUGCGUGAACCCGCUCAUCUACCCUUGCUCCAGCCGCGAGUUCAAGCGCGCCUUCCUCCGUCUCCUGCGCUGCCAGUGCCGGCGUCGCCGGCGCCGGCGACCCCUCUGGCGCGUCUACGGUCACCACUGGCGGGCCUCCGCCAGCGGGCCACGCCCCGACUGCUCCCUUGGCCCGGGGGCCGCGCUCCCCGGAGCGCCCCUGGCCCUCACGGAGCUCUCAGCCUCGGGCUCCCCAGACACGCCUGAGGUGCAGGCUUCCGCCACCGGCUGCGGAAAGCCGCCCCGCGCUUUUCGCGAGUGGAGGCUGCCUGGGCCUUUCCGGAGACCGACUACCCAGCUGCGUGCCAAGGUGUCCAGCCUGUCGCACAAGAUCCGCUCCGGGAGUGCGCAACGCACAGAGGCCGCGUGUGCCCUGCGCUCGGAGGUGGAAGCUGUGUCCCUUGGCGUCCCCCACGAUGUCUCGGAGGGCGCCACCUGUCAGGCCUGUGAACUGGCAGACGACAGCAACCUCCGGGAGACUGAUAUCUAAGGACCACCCCCCACCCAGCUAGGCCGGGGAUGAGGGUGUGCUGGGGAGGCGGAUAAGGUAGGGCGAGGACGAGGGCGUGCGGAGGGAGUCUGGCUUUGUUCAAGUGACCCAUGCGGACCAGGGACUGGAAACUGAGGCGGGGGUGGUGCACUGGAAGUGUAGAAGUUUAUGGGCCCCCACGUGGACACAGUUGCCCCAGCUCCUCCUUUCGGAGGGAGGGGUUGCGGAGUCCAUAGAGCCAUUUGCUCCCAAUCUCUUUGACAAACACUGCCCCGUUCAUGCCUGGAACCCUGGGUAGACAGCCCCAAGUAUGGCCGGGCAGGCCUGCCCUUCCUCUUGGGGAGAAAGGGGCACAGAGGCCCUGCAUGGCUGCCCCACCGCCUCCCUAGAGAAGUCAUUGGGGCCAGGGCUUCUCAACGAACACCGUUUCUCCUUACUGCCAACUGGAGGAACCUUGAGGACCUGUCCCCGCCAUCCACAGCUUUGGUGGCAGAUUGGACGACCAUUUUACAGGCCUGUUGUAUCUACCGGUGGACGCACUCUCCCCUACCGGGACUCCAUGCGCACCCCCCCACCCACCCCGCAUCACCUGGCCCUGCCCCGCCUACGGCCCCCAAGGGCCUUACUGUUUACACUCUGUACAUAGCUCGUCGUGCCUGUGCCCAUCACCUCUCGCCGGAUCCAGAGCCGUCCAACGGGGAGAACUUUAUUUGUCAUUUUGAGACAUAUUUAUUGGUAAGAGUACUUCUAUUUUGUCCAAACUGUGCAAACUGUCCCUCUUUAGCUUACAGUCUAUAAAGAACUUCCUUUUUUUUUU